UUGGGCCACACAUCCGCUGGCACUGCAUCGCUCCAAUUGCGCAGCCAAGCCUAUGCAUCCGUCAUCGCAGCCCAGACACCGGAAUUGGAAUUGCUAUCGGAAUCUAAAUUCGAAUCCAAGUUGAAGUCGAAACGCGCUGGUCGCAACAACACUUAGCUCAGGGGAGCGUGAACCGAAAGAAUGCAGACGUUCUCUCUCUUUCUGCGAUGCGACUUCGAUAUACCCUCUACUCCAUCCCAUGUACAUAUCCCCUGUGCCAGAUCCCCUCCAGCUGGUACCAAUAUACCCGUCGUUUCGCUGGGCAAUCGUUGGCACGCAAUGCCGGUGGUGACGCCGGUGGUCCGCUUUCGCAGUCGUCAAUGGAAGGCAACUCGGAGCGGUGGCAGUGCAAGAACCAGUGCACCAAGAGAGCUUGCAGCCAAAACCAUGACUACCUGCAGUGUGGUCAGCACACCAGCGCGGUUCGCCAGCUGCCUUGUUAACUUUCAGAUGGACGAGCUGCUGCUGCUGCAGAAGUCAGUGAUGAGAAUGGAGGAGCAGGACAAGGCCAGCAUGCCCAUUCCGAUGACCACUGAAUGUCCGGAGCAGAAGGCGGAGACGGAUGGACCACCAUCGCAAUCGCAGCUGCCGGAGCGAAUGGCCUUGAUGGCUGCAGAUCGGGGUGAGCACGAUACCACCGGCUCCAGUGGUCCCUGGCACUCGCAUCCACAACCGCAUCCGACCUCCUGGAUGGAACCGAAGCCCUCCAAGUUGCAGACCCUGUUCCAGAUCAGCAUCACGGCCUUGGCCUUUCUCUCCUUCGGCGGCUAUCUGCUCUGCCUGAUCGUACAGGCCAUCAAGAGCAAGGGUACCACCUAUUUCCAUCCGGUGGCCACGGCCACCACCACCUCAUCCAAUGGCAAUGUGAAGCGCAUCAAGGUAUACCGGCGCAGCAAGCGCAAUUCUGCUGCGCCCAAGGGAAUCGGCACAUAUCUGCCCAACCUACUGCAGCAGGACUACGCCUCAUACCAGCAAGCUGUGCGGGAUCGCGGAUGGAGCAUGCUCACCUAGUUGGAUCGUAUAUCUGGUUGCCGCGAUGCGUUAGACGAUUGGGUCCCACCUUGAUGCCGUACAGUGCGUACUGAUCCUCGGUCAUGGUUCCGUCACUGUGAAUGGAAAUGGUAUUUUGGGGAAUAAGUAAUGAUUCACCUGCUCCCCCACUCCAUAUCCCUUCACCUCUGCUCCUCGUCGAUAAUAGGCGCCACCACAGUGCCCCUUGUGCCGUAUUGACUGUAAUACGGCUCCUCAUAGUUCCCACGGCUGCUGCGCUCCGGCGAACUGGUGUAUCCGUCUGUAAAGGCAUUCUGCUUGGUUAAAACAGCGACUUUGAUUGGUAGAUAUAGUACAUUUAUGAUAUAUAUAGGUGGGUAGUUGAUAACUAAGUGUGUUACUCGGUACUCUAACAUUUGGUAGUUAAAUUUAGGACUAACG